AUGAAUGAGGACCCUAACACGACCAUUUAUGCGAGUAAUAUCGAGCAAUUCAGAGACAUUUUAUCCAACGCUCUCAUCGAGAAAAUACAGAAACCAGAAAGGGGACGCUCAGGAGCUAAGCACAGAAAAAGAGGAAAGCCUACCAGCGGCUCUCAUGCCGAGAGUACGAGCAACAACAGCCGAGAUACAGGCCCCGGAGCGAACGUAGAGGAGCUCUCAGAGUUUUCAGAGUACAUCGCCUCAAUUGCGUUUGAAAGCCUGCCCCCAGAACUGCAGACCAUCACUCAUCGCGUGUGGACCGAUAACCCCGGCCUCCAGGAAGAGUACACCCUACCGCUCACAAGCAACGACGUCGCGGAGAAGAUUACACCCACUCUCGAUCCGGAGGUAUCAGAAUCACUGACCACAUAUGGCAUCCUCACACCACCAAGCGAGGAUGUCACCACCUUCCUCGCACCUGUGCUCACCGCUUACUUGACCGCCGUGAUCACGCCGCCACCACCAGCCUCAACGACGAAGGGCAAAGUGACCGAGUGCGAGAUAUGCGACAGGGACUGGGUGCCUCUCACUUAUCACCACCUGAUUCCCCGGUUCGUGCACGCAAAAGCGCUCAAGAGAGGCUGGCACCGCGAAGAAGACCUGCAGAACGUGGCCUGGCUGUGUCGAGCAUGCCACUCAUUUGUGCAUCGGUUCGCAGGACACGAGGAGCUGGCCAGGGAUUAUUACACCGUGGAAAGGCUACUGGACCAGGAGGAGAUCCAGAAUUUUGCGCGCUGGGUAGGUCGAGUGCGGUGGAAGGCGAGGUGA